GCGCCGGGCGGGAGGGGCGUGGCCGGGCGAGCCUGUUGCUAUGGAGACGGCCCAAGAGGCCUAAAUAGGCCUCGGCCUCCUCUGUAGGCCAAGGUGGCGAUGGCGCUCGAAGCAGUCGGCGUCCUCCUGCUCUGCCUGGCCCUCCCGAGCCUGGGAGGCGCCGACGACGAUGGCUGGGACCCGUCCGGAUACCUGCUUUACUGCCCCUGCAUGGGGAGAUUUGGGAAUCAAGCAGAUCAUUUCCUUGGAUCUUUGGCAUUCGCUAAGACGAUGAAUCGGACGUUAGCUGUGCCUCCGUGGAUCGAGUACCGGCAUCACAGACCGCCCUACACAAAUCUACACGUUCCUUACCAAGAAUACUUCAAGCUGGCCCCACUCCUGGAAUACCACCGAGUCAUUAGCUUGGAGGAGUUUAUGGAGAAGCUGGCACCCACCCACUGGCCCCCUGGCAAGAGGGGGGGCUAUUGCUUCGAAGCGGCAGCUCAGAGGAGCCCUGACAAAAGGACUUGCCCCAUGAAGGACGGGAAUCCCUUUGGGCCUUUCUGGGAUCAAUUUGCGGUGGAGUUCGAUAGGUCGGAGAUAUUCGGAGGCCUCUCCUUCAGCGCCUUUUACAAGGACAGCUGGAACCGAAGGUUUCCCCCCUCUGAGCAUCCCGUUCUCGCCCUCCCGGGUGCCCCGGCAAAGUUUCCUGUCCUGGAAGAGCACCGGCCCCUGCAGCGUUACGUGGUUUGGUCCGAUAAGAUGGUGGAGAAAGGAGAGUUCUACAUCAAGUCCCUCCUUAGCAGACCCUACGUGGGGAUUCAUCUGCGCAUGGGUUCAGACUGGAAAAACGCCUGCAACCUGCUGAAGGAGGACUCUGCGGGGUCGCAUUUAAUGGCGUCGCCUCAGUGUGUGGGCUACGAUCGCAACACCGCCGCACCCCUGACCAUGGAUAUGUGUUUGCCGGAUCUGAAAGAGAUCAAGCGGGCCCUGAAACUGUGGGUGGAGAAGAUAGAGGCCAAAGCUGUAUACGUGGCCACCGACUCGGAGCCCUACACCAAAGAGAUACAGCAACUUUUCGAAGAGAAGGUAAAAGUGGUCCAUUUGCAGCCCGAAGUGGCCCAGAUAGACCUGUACAUCCUGGGCCAGGCCGACCAUUUUAUCGGCAACUGCGUUUCUUCCUUCACCGCCUUCGUGAAACGGGAGAGGGACGUGCACCGGAGGCCGUCUUCCUUUUUCGGCAUGGACUACCCCCCUCAGCUGCGGGAUGAAUUAUAACCCACGGAGGACGAUGGGCUUCGGGGGUCUCGGGGAGGCCCAACUGGGCUUUGUGCAAAGCCUCAUUGGAAGCAGAGCUGCAGCUGAUCAGUUCUGCAGAAUCAUCUCGGUGCUGUGUUUAUUUUUUUUCCCCCCUAAAAAUAUUCUGAGCUGGGAGAAGAAGAGCAACUUCUUGGGAAAUCCCAUAUUUUUUCCCUUCUCUGCUUGAAUCAAGGAAUUCUCUGAAUACAUUUGACUUCCCUCCUUCCCUUCUCGCAGCCGCCUUACCUCAGAACGAAUGUCUGGACUGGUGCCGCCUUUAGCGCACAAGUAUUUUACGCCCGGCACAAUCAGUUCCCCCAAAACGUUCUGGAGCUCAGCGAGUGGCAAACAGAAGACGAUUUAAUUCACCGUCAUCAGGGAUUAACAUUUGGCAGGUUUUGGUUUAACUUUUUCCAGAUUGUAUUUAAUCUCCAUCCCCUCCGCUUGAAGUCUACGAAGCCUAACUCUGAAUUUCCUGGGAUCCGUAACAUGAUUUUGUAUCUUCAGAAUUAAUUAGCAUUGAAGCCUCUUAACGAGGAGCGGACUGCCAAGUACGUAUAUUUUUUUAAAUACAUAGUUCGGAAUAAAAGUGAGGUAUUUUUGAAGGGUUUUGUAUUUUUACAGAAAUCACAGUCUAAAAGCCGAAAUAAAGUCGUCUUUUCUAAAAUAA